CAUUCCUCCUUCUGCAGUGAACUACUACUACUACUAAUAAUGUCCCUUAUUACAAGUCCUCAAGCUGUCAACUUUGGGGGCUCCCAAUCAUUUAGGAGAUUUUCUUCUUAUACAUUCUUGAAUAAAAGAACUUCAUGUAUAUUCCAACAAAAGAAGAACUAUGGAAACUACAACAAGAGGAAAACAAACAACACACUCGUCCUAUCAUGUUUAAUGGAUGAUUCCUUUUCCUGCCCAGGUUCAAGUUCAAAUUCUCCGGGAGAAAUGAUUGAGAGAUUCUACAAAUGCAUCAAUGAAAAGAACUUAAAGGAAAUGAGUACUUACAUCUCAGAAGACUGCCUCAUUGAAGACUCCUUGUUCAUUGAAAAAUUUAAAGGGAAGAAGGCAGCUAUGAGUUUCAUUGAAAAACUAACUGAGAGCAUGGGUCCAGAUGUGAAGUUUAGAAUCCGUAAAGUAUACGAAAGACACCCUUCCAUGGCAGGAGCAAUCUGGCAUUUAGAGUGGAGGAACAUGGAGAUUCCCUUAACCAAGGGUUGCACCUUCAUUGACAUCAGAGAUGAAGAAAGAAAAACUAUACAGAAGAUACAAAUUAUAAAUGAACCACAAUUUAAAGCAGGACAUCUAAUCUUGGAUAUAAUGAAACUUGUGACUUUAUUGCUUGCUAAGAAUUCAGCAAUUUUAGAAUGGUUGAUAAAAGCUUCUCAACAACGUUGGGUAAAGUGGAUGUCAAAGAUCUGUGUAACUCUCUUCAAUCUUCUCUUGGACAGCUUUUCGAAGAGCUAUCUAACCUUUAUACAUUUUGGGGCUCAACUAUAUAGUUGUGUACUCAAAUUUUUAUAUUAUAUUGUAGAUUUUUUCUUGUAAAGGACACACAUAUAAAUUUAUUUUGUUCAUGGGGAUGGGAAAGAUUGUGAACAUAAAAAAUAUCCCCUUCUAGUCAUCGUUUCCAUCACGAGUCAAAUACAUUUCUAACGAAGAGAAAACAGCCAAUGGACCAAGAAUGGGAGGCAGUGGUGGAGGCUUAUUGAAUGCCACAAUUGGCUUUUAAUUUGCUUUCUCUAUGGUAAUCAAAGACUCUGCAUCAGAAUCAUUCUUCAUUUCUUGCCUUUGUAUUGAUGAAAUUGCAGUCCAACAGUUGUUUCGUGUCAAGAAAUUCUAAUGCAAGGAAACAAACAGUAAAAUUACAGUGUCUUUGGUCCAUUGUAACUUUUGUCUAUAUAUUCUCUGUACUUCAAAAACUUAAAAGAUUCAAUUUAGUUGCGAAAUUUUUAUGGUUGAAUUAUAAGUUUAACUCAAGAGUCUUUGUAAUUCAAUAAAUCUCCGCAUCUUUUUCUAUUCA